AUGGAAGCUAGACUCUCCGAAACUCUUGGCCUCCCAUCUCCGAAUCUUAAUCACUGCCAUCUUCCACGCGAUUUCAAUUCCCUCUUCACUCAUUUCUCCGAUCUCACCUCCGUCAAAAGCCCCAUCGUCAGAGAGCCUAAACCCAAAACCAAAUCACCGAGAUUUAGAGCAAGUUUCGGAAGAUCCGAGGCAUUAUUUGCAUGUACAUCAGUCUCGGAUCCAAUCCACGCAAAUCCCGGAUCAGAAUUCCUGAAAUGGAUGAAACAAGCAUCACGAAGCAGUCCAAAAAUCCAAACACUCAUGAAACAACUCUCUGUGUGGGAACGUGCCAUCAUCGGUGCAGGAGCCGGUGGACUGGCGGGAGCUUUUACAUACGUUGCCCUUCUCCCACUUGACACAAUCAAAACCAAGCUUCAAACCAAAGGCGCGUCUCAGGUGUAUAGCAACACAUUUGAUGCAGUAGUUAAGACAUUUCAAGCUAAAGGUGUUUUAGGUUUUUACAGUGGUGUCUCCGCCGUGAUUGUUGGGUCUACGUUUUCCUCCGCCGUCUACUUCGGUACCUGUGAGUUUGGUAAGUCUCUACUCUCCAAAUUCCCGGAUUUUCCAACCGUGCUAAUCCCACCUACUGCUGGUGCUAUGGGAAACAUAAUCUCUUCGGCUAUAAUGGUCCCUAAAGAGCUCAUUACACAGAGAAUGCAAGCUGGAGCUAGUGGGCGAUCGUAUCAAGUAUUGCUUAAGAUUCUUGAGAAAGAUGGAAUCUUGGGGCUUUACGCCGGUUAUUCGGCUACAUUGUUGAGGAAUUUGCCGGCUGGUGUUCUAAGUUAUUCGUCGUUUGAAUACCUCAAGGCUGCGGUUUUGGAGAAAACGCAGCAGAGCCAUCUUGAGCCUUUGCAGAGUGUUUGUUGUGGCGCAUUGGCUGGUGCGAUUUCUGCUUCCAUAACUACACCAUUAGAUGUUGUCAAGACUAGGCUGAUGACGCAGAUUCAUGUCGAUGCAGUGAACAAACUUGGCGAUGCUAUGUAUACUGGUGUGGCUGGGACAGUGAGACAGAUACUAAAAGAGGAAGGUUUGGUUGGUUUUACUCGCGGUAUGGGCCCUCGAGUUGUUCACAGCGCUUGUUUCUCUGCUAUCGGUUAUUUUGCAUUUGAGACUGCAAGGCUUACAAUCUUAAAUGAAUAUUUGAAGAGGAAAGAAGUUUCUGAAACUAACCUUGAUGCUGAUUCUUGAGUUUGGUUUUAAAUAUGGUCAGAUGAACAAAGAGAGCUUUUCCAAUGCUUCUCCAAGAAGCAUUAAUCUUUAUCCUUGUUCUCCAUACUUGAGUUGUUUCACUUUUGCUGCAUUUUCAUUCGAGCUUUAUUUUCAUUCUGAUUCGAUUUCUUUCAGAUUCAUCUUUAUAGACUGCCAUGCUUUCCUUCAAUCUCAUGUCAUUUUUGUCCGUAUAAUCCUACGCUUGUAAAUCUAUCUUC